AUGAUUGUGAUUUUAGUUGCAGCUUUUAGUAUCAGCAUCUUCCUGUACAAUUAUGUUUUAUACCCCUUAUUGUUUAAUAAGCUUAUUAGACAGAAAGUCCCCGGGCCCUGGCUUUACAAGCUUUCUAGCGUACUCAUUUUGAAUGAUACUCGCCUUGAGAGACGGAGCACCAAGCUCCAGCAGCUUCAUGCAAAAUAUGGACCAGUGGUUAUGAUCGGGCCUAAAGAGGUAUCACUCAACUCUCAAGACUUGAUGAAAAAGGUUUAUUUGAGAAACUUUCCUAAGGAAUACAUCAAGAAUGGUAUUCGUACAACUGGGUUCUAUUCCCAAUUUUCAGUCUACGGUGAACAUAACAUGUUCAGUACUGGUGACAAUGCGACACACCUUUCAAAGAAGCGUCCCCUUCAAAAAUUGUUUUCGAAAACUUCCAUUUUAUCCUCCGAGAACUUCAUAAGAAGUAAAGUUGACGCUGUAAGUGAAACCGUUAAGAAAAUUGGCCCUAAUUCGAACGUCGAUGUCUACUCUCUUUUUAUAUCAUUGGCAAUGGACGUGGUUACAGGGUUCGAAUAUGGAACCAAGUUCAGCACUGAUCUCGUGAAAGAAUUGAGCCAUAGCUCCAAGAAUUUAACCCUGGAUCACAGUAUUUUCAAUGACUUCCAACAGAGUAACACAUUAUGGUUUUACGUUACCUUAUUACCAACAGCUUUGCCAAUUAUAUCAACAUUGAAAGGUUUAAAGUCUUCCACAGAGAACGCUUACGGUUGGAUGUAUGAUAAGUUUGAACAAUCAGCUGAGGCAAUAGCAAAUGGUGAGGACGUAAAUUUGGAGGGUUUUCCGGUUCCAACAGUAAUAGAGCUAAUGUUUGAUAAGGCGAAGGCAAGGGUUACAAAUGACCCAGAGAUAAAGGAUCCGAGUUCAAAUAACACCGUACACCAAAGGCAAAUGAAUGCAAUUGCAAGUGAAAUUGCAGACCAAGUUGUUGCUGGACAUGAAACCACAGGAACUACAUUAGCGUACCUAUUUUGGGAAUUAUCUCGUCCAGCAAACGCACAUUGGCAAGCACUCUUGAGAAAGGACGUCGAUGGAUUCAAAGAAUUCAAAGAUUUGGAAUCAAAAUUAAUCCUGAAUGCGAUUCUCCAAGAAAUAUAUCGUCUUCAUCCGGCGAUUCCUGGUUUAGAGCCACGUUUUGUACCUCCCGGUAAUAGCCUUGAGUGUGCCCUGGGUCAGAAAAAUUGUAAAAUUCCAGAGGGCACAAUCGUAUCUUGUCAACCUUGGACUCUGCACCGCUUGCCAGUGUUUGGAUCAGAGCCUGAUAAGUUUAAACCUGAACGGUGGCUGAAGGAAGAUGGGGAGCCCGAACAAAUGUUCUCUAAGAGAAUUCAGGCAAUGAAUUCGGCACUUUUUACGUUUGGCCAAGGAAACCGUAUGUGUAUUGGAAUGCAUUUGGCAAUCUGUCAAAUGAAACUUUGCGUUGCGCUAUUGUACACUCAGUUCCAAACUCGCAUAAGCCCAGAUUGGUGUCCCGUCGUCAUCGAAAAGAAUUCUGAUGUCAAAAUGGGAAAGCAAAAUUGUAUCACCGAUAUUGAUAAAAUGUCAAUGGCAGAUGUGUAUACAACCCACCCUCUUCACGAUGAGUGCUGGCUUCAAUUUGAGGAAGCGAGGAUUGAUUCUUCGUAA